ACACAACGGUCCAAGUUCACAAAGUGGUCUCACUUCUCAUCAUCUGUUAGGUGCCUUCGCCGCCGCCGCUAUAACUCGUCACCCAUUGUCGCCGUCUUCUCCGCCGCAAUUCCCUGAAAAAGUAGGAAGUCUCUUCGCCUGAGAAUCGAUCAUCGAACGGAAAACCCAUUAAUUGGAAUUCUCCGGAAAUGGCGUCUUCUCUAUCACUUCGCCCCUCUUUCGCUUCUUCGUUCGUCGAUCUCCCCGACCGCGGUUUGUUCAGUAAGAACCCUCCGAACAAUACAGCGGUUGUAAAUGUUGGAAUUUGGGAGAAACAGCUGUCGAAUCGGAACCGGUUCAAGUUGAAUUGCGUUAUGGAGAAAAGGGUCGAUGAGCAAGCUUCCCCUAUUGUUACCAGUUCUUCGGAAUGCUUGGCCGGGCUCGAAAUUAAGGAGCCUAGUGUCUCUACAUUGCUCGUGAACUUGGAGAAUAAGUUUGAUCCAUUUGAUGCUAUGAGUACACCUCUUUACCAGACGGCUACUUUUAAGCAGCCUUCGGCUAUCGAGAAUGGGCCUUAUGAUUAUACAAGAAGUGGAAAUCCAACAAGGGAUGCAUUGGAAAGUCUCCUGGCGAAGCUUGACAAGGCGGAUCGAGCAUUUUGCUUUACUAGUGGAAUGGCUGCUUUAUCUGCUGUUUCACACCUUGUUGGAACCGGUGAAGAAAUUGUUGCUGGAGAUGAUGUAUAUGGUGGUUCAGACAGAUUACUUUCCCAAGUAGUUCCAAGAUCUGGUGUUGUGGUUAAACGAGUGAACACAUGUGACUUAGAUGAAGUGGCUGCUGCUAUUGGUCCCCAGACAAAGCUUGUUUGGCUCGAGAGUCCCACCAACCCCAGACAACAAAUUUGUGAUAUAAGAAAAAUAGCAGAAAUGGCCCAUGCUCAUGGUGCUCUUGUGUUGGUGGACAACAGCAUUAUGUCACCGGUGCUAUCUCGGCCAUUAGAACUUGGAGCAGACAUUGUUAUGCAUUCAGCUACCAAAUUCAUAGCCGGCCACAGCGAUGUGAUGGCGGGCGUGCUUGCUGUAAAAGGAGAAAAGCUUGCAAAGGAGUUGUAUUUCCUCCAAAAUGCAGAAGGUUCUGGAUUAGCUCCUUUUGACUGCUGGCUUUGCUUACGAGGAAUCAAGACGAUGGCUUUACGUAUAGAAAAGCAACAGGAAAAUGCACGCAGGAUUGCUGAGUACUUAUCUUCGCAUCCUAGAGUCAAGAAAGUCUACUAUGCUGGUCUACCCAAUCAUCCUGGUCAUGAUCUUCAUUUUUCUCAGGCAAAGGGUGCAGGAUCGGUUUUUAGCUUUUUGACGGGUUCAGUCGCUCUGUCUAAGCAUGUCGUAGAAACCACCAAGUAUUUCAGCAUUGCUGUCAGCUUUGGAAGUGUCAAGUCCCUUAUAAGCAUGCCGUGUUUCAUGUCCCAUGCAAGUAUACCAGCGGCUGUUCGUGAGGCCAGGGGAUUAACGGAAGAUCUUGUUCGUAUAUCUGCGGGUAUUGAAGAUGCCGAUGACCUGAUCUCUGAUCUUGAUAUCGCCUUUAAGACAGGUCCUCUGUGAAACCCUAAUCAUCAUUGUUUGUUUAAGUGCUUCAAAAACUAUAAAUUUCAUAUUUUAGUUUAGUUUAUCACAUUGUUCUUGGAGUUCUGUAUUUUAUGUUUCUAUGCCAAAAACUUGAGUAACCGAAGUUCAUAAUAAAGCAGAGAGCACUGAAGUUGUUGUUUAAGGUAUUUAUUAAAAAAAGCACCCUCCCAUUAAAAAUGACGUAAAGAACAUUAACUAUAAAAACUACAUAUUACAUAUUUCUUCAAUAUUCAUUCAUGUAUCGUUGUUGUCUUGUUCCUCUGCGUUACCAUUCUCAGCAUUCGCGUUGUCCUCCCAUGCAACGUCAUGCCUCUUUCCGUCUGUGUUUGCAUUCCCCGUUUCCAUGGACACAGUUAUGAACUUCCACCCUAUACAAGAACAAGUACCAAAAAGAAAAGAAAAUUUAUCAAUGUUGCUUUUUUUUUUUUUUGCGUAUGUAAGAAAAUUUAUCUGCUUGUUUCGUUGUGCCCUUCUAUUUUAGAUGAUUUCACCGCCUCAUUAGAGGAGGUAGGGGAAGGGUUAUCGUGAUUUGUCAUAAGACUCACCACUGGCCUCUUGUUGUUCUUGCUGUCCUUGGCUGUUAUGGGCGGCAUGAUCUUGCGGUUGUGGCUGAGGUUGCUGGUCUUGAUUUGGGUUAGGCCCAUUAAGAUGCCAUCGCUUUGGUUCAGAUUGCGUCUGUGCCUCGGGUGGCAAUUGAUGCAAGCCUCUUCCAUUCUGCUGCCCCCAAUGAACAGCAGGGGCGAAAGGGUGCCCAGACAUUGCAGUUGGUGCAGCAUUCGGGACGCUACCAUUAGUAUCUACGAGCAAAAACAUCGGAAAAAAAACAGUGUUAUAGCCAAAAGCUUCAGGAAUAGGUAUUGAAUGAUGAGAAACAGAGAAAAGUCAGAGAAUUUCUUUGCGAGGAAGAUUACCAAGAGAAGGUAUCUGAGGUUGAUGAAGAACCUGAGUUUGCUGCUGAUGAUAAUGAGAUUGCGUCUGCGUUUCCAACUGCUGAAGAAUUUGCUGUUGUGGUUGCGGUUGCUGUUGCACUUGCACUUGCACUUGUACUUGCUCUUUUCGCCCCUGCCCCCAAUGAACAGCAGGGGCGAAAGGGUGCCCAGACAUUGCAGUUGGUGCAGCAUUCGGGACGCUACCAUUAGUAUCUACGAGCAAAAACAUCGGAAAAAAACAGAGUAGUGUUAUAGCCAAAAGCUUCAGGAAUAAGUAUUGAAUGGUGAGAAACAGAGAAAAAGUCAGAGAAUUUCCUUGCGAGGAAGAUUACCAAGAGAAGGCAUCUGAGGUUGAUGAAGAACCUGAGUUUGCUGCUGAUGAUAAUGAGAUUGCGUCUGCGUUUGCAACCGCUGAAGAAUUUGCUGUUGCUGUUGAUUUAGCACUUGCUCCUGCGUUUGCAACCACUGAAGAAUUAGCUGCGGUUGCGGUUGCGGUUGCAGUUGCAGUUGCACUUGCUCCUGCUCUUGGUCUUGGCCUGUGAAGAAUGGAGAAGAGGAUAAACAGAGAAAACAUUCAUAACGUGUUCUUCACGAAAUCAAAUCCAGAACCCGAAACUUUGGAUUCAUACAUUGUCAAAAGAGAUUCUCUGGGCAUCAAAAGAGAAAAAGACAGCAUCUUUUAUGUC